AUGCCUUAUCCUAAAAACAAAGUUACUUUCCUCUCCAACUGGACCGCCACUCCCUACCAUGCCCCUUUCUACUUGGCUCAAAAGAUAGGUUAUUUCGAAGAAGAAGGCCUUCAAGUUGCUAUUAUGGAACCAUCCAACCCCUCUGAUGUCACUGAACUCAUCGGUUCCGGUAAGAUCGAUCUUGGUUUGAAGGCUAUGAUCCAUACUAUCGCUGCUAAGGUUCGUGGUCAACCCAUGAUCUCUAUCGGUACUCUUUUGGAUGAGCCCUUCACCGGUAUUAUUCACUUUAAGAACAAGUCUGGUAUCAAGGAAUUCAAGGAUAUCCGUGGCAAGAAGAUCGGCUACGUCGGUGAAUUCGGCAAGAUCCAAUUGGAUGACUUGAUGAAGAACUUCGGUAUGUCUCCCUCCGAUUACACUGCUGUCCGUGUCGGUAUGAAUUGUGUCGAUGCCAUUAAAAAAGGCAUUGUUGAUGCUGGUAUUGGCAUUGAAUGUGUUCAACAAGUUGAGCUUGAAGACUAUGCUGAAGAACAAGGUUGGGGUCGUGAUGCUGUCGAAAUGCUCCGUAUCGACCAUCUUGCUAACUUAGGUUGUUGUUGUUUCUGUUCCAUCAUGUACGUUGGUAACGAAACCUUCGUCAAGGAAAACCCCGAGAAGUGCAGACAAUUCUUACGUGCUGUCAAGAAGGCUACUGACUACUUGGUCAACAACCCCAAGGAGGCCUACAGCAAGUACUGUGAAGUCUUCCCUCGUAUGGACACCAUUACUCAACGUAAGAUCUUCCAACGUUGCUUCCGUUACUUCUCUCGUGAUCUCAAGAACGUCCAACGUGAUUGGAACAAGGUUACUGGCUACUGUAAGCGUCUUGGUAUUGUCGGCGAUGACUUCGAACAAAACAAGACUAACGAGCUCUUCAACUGGCCUCUUCUUCCCGAAGGCCCUGGUGGAGUUGAGCCUGAAACUUUCGAUACUGGUGUUGUUCCCGGUGGUGCUCAGUGCUGUCUUCACCCUGCUAUUUCCAACCCCGUUGGUAUCCUCUAA